AAUCACUUUAUGGCUUCAACGUUCUCCCCUGCUGCGGAAAUGGGGACAGAUUCAACAGAUUAAGAAUUGCAUGGAGAAUGUUCUGAGCCUUCGUUUCCGCUUCAGGUUAACGCCACCGCCAUGUAAAUCUACCAGCAUCAACUCGCCCAAUAAAGCCGUCUUCUUCUCAAAACCCCGAUUCACCAAACCCAAAUUCCUCACCGAUUUCUGUCUCUGCUCCUCUCUCCGCUUAUCUCCGCCGUCCCUGGACGCAAGUCACGCCACUCUGCUUGUCGAAGCCUACCAUGAGCACCGGAAUCUCAGAGGCUUGCUGGAGAGGCUUGGGCGGAAGGACUCGUGCCCUAUGCAAAUCCUUGAAGAAGAUGGGGAUUGGAGCAAAGACCAGUUCUGGGUUGUUGUUAGAUUUCUCAGAAAUUCUUCGAGAUCAAACGAGAUUCUUCCGGUGUUUGAUAUGUGGAAGGAAAAGGAGAAGUCAAGAAUUAAUGAAUUCAACUAUGAAGAGAUUGUAGGGUUACUAUGUAAAGAAGGAAAAAUGGAAGAAGCCACUCAAGCACUUGGGGAGAUGAAGGCUCAUAACCUCACUCCUUCUUCAGAAAUUUAUAAUUCCAUUAUUCAUGGUUAUGCCAAGAACCAAAAUUUUAAGGAGGCUAUCGGUUUCCUCAGUGAGAUGAAAGAAAUCGAUUUGUCACCAGGAAGUCGUACAUAUGAUGGGCUGAUUGAGGCUUAUGGGAAAUAUAGAAUGUAUGAUGAGAUUGGUCUGUGCUUGAAGAGGAUGGAGUUGGAUUGUUGUUCACCCGACCAAAUAACUUGUAAUUUGCUUAUUCAGGAGCUUUCGCGUGGUGGGUUGCUCCAAAGAAUGGAGAGUGUGUAUCAGAGAAUGAGAUCGAAGAGGAUGAAUUUGAAUUCAUCAUCUUUGGUAGCAAUGCUAGAAGCUUAUGCAAACUUUGGGGUAUUAGACAAGAUGGAGAAGAUGUAUAAGAGGGUUUCAAACUCGAAAAUCAUAUUGAAGGAGGACUUGGUUAGGAAAUUAUCUACAGUUUAUAUUAAGAACUACAUGUUUUCGAGAUUAGAUGAUCUGGGGCUUCAUCUUCUCUCCAUAGGUGUCAAGACUGAUCUUGUUUGGUGCCUGCGCUUACUUUCACAAGCCUGCAUUUUGAGUCGAAAAGGAAUGGAUUCCAUUGUUGAGGAGAUGGAAGAAGGAAAAGUUCCAUGGAGCGUAACAAUUGGCAACAUUAGCCUUCUGGCUUACUUGAAAAUGAAGGAUUUCAAGCACACGAGGAUAAUUCUCUCUGAAUUGUCUGCCCGAGACGUGAAACCUGAUGUAAUCACCAUUUCGACUCUGUUUGAUGCAAAUAAGAUCAACUUUGAUGGGACUGCAACUUUGGAAACUUGGAGAAGGAGAGGUCUUCUUUACAGAGAGGUGGAAAUGAAAACCGAUCCUAUUGUUCUUGCUGCUUUUGGAAAGGGUUGCUUUUUAAGGAGCUUUGAAGAGGCAUACAAAACUCUUGACCCUAAAGUUACAGAAUCGACAAGAUGGACUUACCAUAGCCUGAUUGAUUUUGUAUUCAGACACCAUGGGAAGGAAAAUUUCAAGACUUUAUAGUUAGCUUUUUAUAUGCAUAAUUUUAAUUCUAGUAAUUUUAAGA